GCGUAUUUUUUUUCCAGCCGAUGACGAUGUACAUGGCGUGCGUGCAGUUCGGGAUGUCCAUGCAGCAAGCGAUGGUUGCGUCGACGCUGAACGCGGCGGCGUCGCUCGGGCGGUCGGCCACGCACGGGUCGCUGGAGCCGGGGAAGGUCGGGGACAUCCUUCUCAUCGACUCGCCCAGAUUCACUCGAUUCUUCCAGGUGGGAGCACUUGAUUUAUCAGUUUGGAAGCCACCACGAGACGAUAGAGCUGGUGAUCAAGAGAGGAAUCAUCGUUCACAGGCGACAAUGAACUGCGGGCUGCAUCGUUCUCGAUCCCGCAGGAUCCUCACUGGAAAUGUGCCCUGCCUCCGAGGAGGAGGAGGAGGCGUUCGGCGAGGCGUCACCGUGCGUCGAGACAGCUUUUUACUUGUGUAG